AUGCUAGGUCGUCUACUACUUACGAUUGAUGCCCUUGGAAUGUGCAUUGGCACAUUGAAUGCUGACUAUUUCAGCGAAACCCAUAUGUUCAAUCCGAAAUGGCCGCCACAUGCCAAGUUCCACAACGUGCAAACUGUCGGCCUUGCCAUGAUUCUGUCGGUCAUGACGCUUUAUUAUACGUGGCGUCCUGCUCGGACACGGGAGCUCAAACGUGAGUUCCUAUUUAUGAGCGCAUUGUCCGGAUCUAUUUAUUGGUUUGCUGGACUACUUUCAAUUCUUCCGCCGCAAACGAUGGGAGUCGAUCCGGAGUUCGGCGGGCCAGCGUUCCCUCAGGGUCGCCUUUUCGUGGGUCUUAUGACCUGUGGGUUAUUAGGUGCCUGGCUGGAGUAUUGA